UCAUCUGUGCAGCCUCAGUACUGCUCACGACUGCCUGCCGCUUCACACGUGCUGCCCUCUCUCAGCUGUGGCCCACGCAGGACGAUCAUCGGGCAGUCAGACCUGACCCCAUCAUGAGGGAGGAGUGCUCUGCAGGGACACUGCGCUGGGUUCUGCCCGGUGUGCUUUUGGGCACGUGCAUCCUCACCCUGAUCAACUCCACAGUGCUGCUGCUGCUGCUGCUGCCGCGAAUGGCCGAUCUCUCCGCACGCCUGGACCACACAGACAGCCGCCUGCUGGAGUUACGCACCGCCGCCGGGAUCAGCCCCUCGGACGGGACCCCAGGAGGGCAGCUCAGGGCCCUGCUGGGGCAAGGAGGGCAGGAGCAGCGCAGCCGGGGCAAAAGGAGCCACAGCGGGCAGCAGGGUCAACACGCCCAUGGACACUGGCCAGCCGAUCAAGAUGCCAUGAUGAUGGUGACCUACUCCAUGAUCCCGACGAAGGUCUUCUCUGAUCUGUGCAACAGCUCCAGAGGCAUUUGUUUGACAGGCCCACCUGGACUUCCUGGUCCUGCAGGGCGAGAUGGAGCGCCUGGACUUCCUGGCCAGAAGGGAGAUGCUGGAGAGCAGGGCAGGAGAGGGAGACGGGGUCCCCCUGGAGAGAGAGGAGAGAGGGGCGAGAAAGGCGAGCGGGGAGAGCCAGGGUCACCCAGUCGGAAGGGCAAUUUCUCCAACGAGGUUUUCUUAGAGGGUCCCCCAGGCCCCAUCGGACCUCCAGGUUUACCCGGACCUCCUGGACCUCCUGGACCACCCGGAUCCCCGACCAACCAGACCAGCAGUGAGGAGGAGGUCCUGCUGUCCCAAUCUGGGGCAUGGCCUAUACCCACUUUCUCAGAAGCUGGGUUACAGACAGAGGCCAUCCGGAAAGUUCCUGAAGAAUUUCCCCUGAAGGAAACAGGAACCUCAGUCUCCCCAGGGCCUGGCACCAUGCAGGGACCUGGGACUUCAACCCCUAAAGAUGCUACUGCUACGUCGGCUGGGACUGCGUCCUCUAAAGAUGCUACCGCUACAUCUGCUGGGACUAUGACCUCUAAAGAUGCUACCACCACGCCUGCUGAGGAGAAUUUGUCCAUCGUCCCAGUCAGGGCUGCAUCCAUCCCACUAUCCCACACAGUGACUGACGAGGCUUUGAUACAAACUCAAGAGACACCUCUGCAGAAACCAGACCUGCUUACAACAGACCCAAGACCACAAACAGCAUCAGACACUCUUGAAGAAAUGCCUACAGUGCAAUCAGUCGGGCCUUCUCCCACCCCAGUAGAAGAGGCUCUGAAGGGGACAUCCAUGGAGAAGGUGUCUGAGACCCCAGUGGAUAGUGCCGACUUGUCCUCCACAGCUGGCCCAGAAAAGGACUCAGGAACAAGAACAGGGUUCCAAACAACACAGCAAGCCGAUGAAGCAACUGCUGUGGACAUCUCAGCUGUCAACAGAAAUGAUGGUUUUCAAGAAACAGUCAGAGAAAGUCCAGUGGAAAUGCCUUUACUGAAAACAGCGCCCCCCACGGACGGCCCAGGAAAUGAUGUGACCGAGGCAGUUUUUCCACCUUUAAAGGAGAUCCCAUCAGCAUCACCAGGUGGCCUGCUUCCACAGAUGGUGGUGGAGUUUUUCCACAACAUGCUGGAGAAUGCAGGCUGGUCUACAGACACCCGAGGAGAAAAAAUCGUGAGAGGGGACAGUACUUCAGAGACACCAGCCAUCCUUUUCUCUGGUUCAACGCAAGGCUCACCAACUCAGGCAGAAACUGAGACUAUCAGACCUACGCCACAGCGGAAUAUCCGACCUACACCACAGCAGGAUACAGGUUUAUCCACUGCCUUCCCCCGAGACGAAAUCCAAACGGACAAGCCUGUGCUCUUCGGAGGUGCCAAAAAGAAGACCAAGAAGGGAACAGAGUGUGUGAUCAAAGUGAUCUCCUGCCAGACGAACGUUUCGGCCACUCAGAACACCUACGGGAGUCUGCUGGUGGAUGCAGCCCAGCGGGGGGACGCACGCCUUUGGGUGGCAGAACACUUCUCCGGCCGGAUGCUGGAGGAGUACGAGAGCAUGGAACACUUCAGCAGGAGGAUCCACAGCAGGGUGUUUGAUGUCAGGAAGUUCUACCAGGGCUGUGGACAUGUGGUUCACAACGGCUCCCUCUACUUCCACAUCGCCGGCAUCCACAGGACUGCCAGGUUUGAUCUUCGGACCAGGAAGUUACAGACGCUGGCAAUGGAGGGAGCCCUUUUCCAUGAGCUGUCGUAUCUCUUCCAUAACUCCAAGACCUACUUCAAGUUUGCUGUGGAUGAGGUUGGCCUAUGGCUGAUCUUUGCGUCCAGUGUUGAUGACACCAUCAUGGUGAGCCGGAUUGAGCAGCAGUGGUUUUCCGCCCUCACCCCCAUAAACACCUCCUACUCAAGACACUUGGCAGGCAACGCCUUUAUCGCCCACGGAGUGCUCUAUAUGACCGACCCUGAGGACAGGGGCAUCACCUUUGCAUUCGACCUGCUGGAGAGAAAGCCUAUUCGGGUGCAGCUGGUCCUGCGGCCAGCAGGGGGCGUUCUGGCCAUGCUCUCCUACAGUCCUCGACACAAGAGUCUGUACAUGUGGGACAACAGCACAGUGAAAACAUGCAGUGUGCGCUUCUCAUCCGAGCAGUGUAUCAGGUCAUGGCCUCUCAGAGGACUAAUACGUUAGUGUUUGGACGCUGUGUGUAUGUAUUACUGCUUUCGGAAAUUACGUUUGUGAGGUUUAACCCAACCUGUGUAUCAUGCGAAGCCACCAAAGAUUGAACACUUGAACUAUACAUUGCAACAACAAUCAACAAAAAAAAUAUAAAUAUAUUUUUAAAUGUUUAUAUUUAUGUAUAUAUUUUACACAUGUUGUCAAAGACAUACUAUUGAUAACUAACAGGUAGAAGACACAUUUGUAGAGUUGUGAGUCCUGUAGAUUGUAGAGUUUGAUGAAACAAUGUAAUGAAUUCAGCUUUGUGAACUUUGGGACUGACUAAAUGCCUUUGGAAACAGCCA